AGAGGGAAGUUCCGUGCGUUAUCUUGUUGGAACCCCCGUUUUCGUCUUGUCUUUCUUACACGUUAGGGUUAUGACUGGCUUUACUCGUAAGCCGAUUAUUAUCGACGGUCGCGGCCAUUUGCUAGGCCGACUUGCCGCUAUUGUUGCUAAAACUUUAUUAAUUGGACAGCGUGUGGUGGUGGUGAGAUGCGAAGGAAUAAACAUCUCUGGAAGUUUCUUCCGUAACAAAUUAAAAUAUUUGUCAUUUCUGAGGAAAAGAUGCAAUGUGAAUCCUGCCAGAGGACCCUUCCACUUCCGGGCUCCCAGUAAAAUAUUCUGGCGCACGGUACGCGGAAUGCUUCCUCACAAGACCAAGAGAGGAGACACCGCCCUCGAAAGACUGAAGGUUUUCGAAGGGAUCCCUCCCCCGUACGACAAGAAGAAGCGCAUGGUCGUACCUUCGGCCCUCCGGGUGCUGAGGCUCAAUCCCCGCAGAAAGUAUUGCACGUUGAGUCGUCUAUCGCACGAGGUCGGUUGGAAGUAUCAGAAUGUAAUUGCCACGCUGGAAAUGAAGAGAAAAGCGAAAUCGGCUAUAUAUUACUCUAAGAAGAAGCACGACGAGAAAUUACUCCAGCAAGCUAAAGAGAAAGUGGCCAAGAGGAUCGAACCUUACAAACAAAUAGUGGAAAGUUAUGGUUACACUGUUUGAAACACAGGUGUAUAAAGUGACAAUAAAAAGUCUUUAGAUGAAA